CUUCCGUUUCCGAGUGGCAAACAGCCGCAACAUCAACAUCCACAGACAGAUUCACUUAAUAACAUAAAACUCUAAACACUAAAAGCGGAGUCAGAGGAUGUCGGGACAGAAGCGUCCUGCUGACCCCAGCGGUCCCUCGUCCUCCGGUGCGCCCUCAGAGAAGCGGAGGGAGAGGGAAGGAGAGGACGGGGGUCCCGGUGUCAGCGCCGCCGCCGCCGGGGGGAGCACCGCGGUGGAGACGGUCAUCAAACUUGGAGGGGUGUCUAACUCAGAGGAACAAGACAUCAAAGCUCUCCAAGCUAAGAACCGAAAGUUGGGAGAAGCUCUUGAUCAAAGACAGGUGAUUGAGGAUGAAUUGCGGGAGAGAAUUGAGAGACUGGAGACCCGCCAGGCCACUGACGAUGCCAGUCUGCUGAUCCUCAAUAGAUACUGGAACCAGUUUGAUGAAAACGUCCAGCUGAUCAUCAGGCGUUACGACCAAGCAAGCAGCGAACCUGAGAAGUCUCCGGUGGGUGAGGGACGGAGCCUGAAGCCAGAAACUCCAGAACCUGAUGGCGACUCCAACCAGGAGAGGGCCAAGGACAGAGGCCACCAGGGAGAGACAACCAACUCCUUCCUGGCCACACUGGCUAGCAGCAGCAGUGAGGAGAUGGAGGCUGAGCUUCAGGUGAGAGUGGAGUCCAGCCAGAAACAGGCCAAUCGUGUGGUGGAGAUCUAUGAGUGUCUGAAGGGCACCGUGGACCAGCUGAAGGCAGAGGUGGACUCUGGAGCAGAGGGAAGUUUGUGGCCAGUAGCUUCCAAACUGAACUCCCUCCUGACCAGCGAAAAUGAGCGGCUGCAACAGCUGACAGAGGACCUCAAACAGAAGCAUAGUCACAUGACAAGCGAGUCCCGGCCACUGGGUCGUGCUGCUAACAAAGCAGACCAGCGUGUGAGUGAGCUGCAGGUACUGAUCGAGGAGCUCCAGUGGGACAUGGAGAAGAUCCGCCGCCGGGAGAACCGACUCAAUGCACAUUUGAGCGAGAUACUGGAGAGGGUGAACAGCAAAGGCUACAAGGUGUGUGGGGAGGCCAGCAGCGUGUGUGGGACCAUCACUAUUAAUAAGAGAAAGUUUGAGGAGAUGAAUAGUGAAUUGGAGGAGAACCGGGAGCUGGCAGACAACCGCCUCACUGAGCUGCAGAAACUCCAGCAGGAUUUGCAAAAUGUUCAUCAGGAGAACAACAACAUGAAGUCCUUUUUCUCUUUGGCUUAUGUCUCUGCCUCUUUUUCUUUCCCUUCUCUGCAUUCCUCUCAGGCGGAGCUGAUGAGUCGAGCAGAGGGCAUGGUGAAGGAGACUUCAGAGUAUCGCUGUCUGCAGUCGCAGUUUUCUGUACUCUACAACGAGUCUCUGAUCCUCAAGGCUCAGUUAGAUGAGACACGCGCUCGCCUCAACACGACCAGGACGGCACGCCUUCGGCAGCUGGAGCACAUGGAGAAUGAUGAGGUGGCUCUGCAGAGGAAGGUUCGUACAGAGGUGUUUCAGCUGGAGGACACGCUGGCUCAGGUCAGGAAGGAGUACGAGAUGUUGCGCAUCGAAUUUGAACAGACUCUUGCUGCCAAUGAGCAAGCAGGUCCUAUCAACAGGGAGAUGCGCCACUUGAUUAGCACGCUGCAAACCCACAACCAGCAGAUGAAGGGAGAGGUGGUGAAAUACAAGAUGAGGCUGAGAGAGACACAAACUGAACUCAACCAGGUCCGUGCUUCAAAGGGCAGUGCCAUCCUUCAAUCCCAGUCAAGCACAGAGAUGGACGUGAAGGAUGAGACAACCUCUCCUUCCACCCCAGCUGUCACUGGAGAACCUGUGGUCAAGACAGAUCCUGACAACGGCUCCUCAACACCCAGCAGCACAGGUGCUUCAGUAAAAACAGAGCCUGGACUGGAACCAGAGGCAACAGUAAAAGAGGAGGAGAAGGAGGAGAAGAAAGAUAAGGAGGAAAAGAAGGAAAAGGACAUUAUAAAGAAAGAGGAGAAAGAAAGAGAGCGGGAGAAAGAGAAGGAAAAGGAAAGAGAGAGGCCGACCCGCGGCGGUGGGAGCAGCAGCCUGCUAAAGGAAGAGAAGGAGAAGCCAGGGAGCAGUAGCCAACUGGAGGAGUCAGCCGGGGAGCGUUUGUCUAUGGUCGGAGGGUCAAAGAGGAAGGAGAUGGAGCAGCUGAAGAUUGUCAGAGCAGAACUCAAGAAAGCCCAGGAGUCCCAGAGGGAGAUGAAGCUGCUGCUGGACAUGUACCGCUCAGCACCGAAGGAGCAGAGGGACAAAGUCCAGCUCAUGGCUGCAGAGAAAAAGGCCAAGUCAGAGGGAGAGGAGCUGCGGCAGAGGCUGAGGGAGCUGGAGGAGAGGGAGAGGAGGGAGGGCAAGAAAAUGGCAGAUGAAGAGGCUCUGAGGAAAAUCCGCUCUGUGGAGGAGCAGAUCGACAUACUCAACAAGAAGCUCUCUAUAGCCAAACAGGAGGAAGACGCACUGCUGAGCGAGAUGGACGUGACGGGCCAGGCCUUCGAGGACAUGCAGGAACAGAACAUCCGCCUGAUGCAGCAGCUCAGAGAGAAAGACGAUGCCAACUUCAAGCUGAUGAGCGAGCGGAUCAAGUCCAACCAGAUCCACAAGCUGCUAAAAGAGGAGAAGGAGGAGUUGGCAGACCAGCUGCUAACUUUAAAAACUCAGGUUGAUGCCCAGCUGCAGGUGGUAAGGAAGCUUGAGGAGAAGGAGCGCCUCCUGCAGGGGACCAUCAGCACUGCCGAGAGAGAGCUGGCACUUCGAACGCAAGCUUUGGACAUGAACAAACGCAAGGCUCAGGAGUCUGCGUUGCUGUCGGAGGAGGUGCGAACUCAGCUGGAGCAGGUUCAGCAGAGGCUCAGCGAGGUCAGAGAGGAGGUCAUUGAGAACAGUAUCUCCAGGGAAAAAGAGUCCUUCAAUGCCCGGCGAGCACAGGAGGACAUCUCCAAACUUAGGAGAAAGAUCGAGAAGGCCAAGAAACCAGCUGAGAAAAUCAGCAAUGGAGACGAGAUCCUAAACGAAGAAAUUAAUGACUACAAGGCACGUCUAACAUGUCCAUGCUGCAACUCCCGGGUGAAGGAUGCUGUGCUCACAAAGUGCUUCCACGUCUUCUGCUUCGAGUGCGUCAAGACGCGCUACGACACACGCCAGAGGAAGUGCCCCAAGUGCAACGCCGCCUUCGGUGCAAACGACUUCCAUCGCAUUUACAUUGGCUAAAGCUGCGGUUCUCCCUGCGGCCACUUGCGAGGAGAAAGGGUCAACAAGAUUUUGUUCGGUUUUGUUCAAACACUGCCGGGAGCAUCACUGCACUCAAGUGUUUCCUCCUCUGACUAGUUACAUCCCAUCCUCAUGUAUCUACAGGAUGCAGGAUCUGUGUGAAAUCCUCUCCUCUCUCUGAUUCCAGCCUCAUGAGGCCACACUGAUGCUUUGAGCCGAACGCUUUAAAAAUAUUUGGAUUUGAUUUUUUUUUUUUUUUUUACAGUGACUGAAUUCAGCUCCAGUAUCUGAUAGGUUGUUGUAUUUUUUCAGAUACUGGUGCUGUAUAAAUGUAGAGAAAUGAGAUUCUGCGAGUUUGCAUCGCAUACUGAGGUGGUGUUUGUGUAUGUGUGCGUGUUGAGGGUGUGUGUGUGUGUGUGUGUGUGUGUGUGCAUUUAAAAACAGGCAAUUACACAAACCAGUGUGCAAUGGAAAUAAUUAGUACAGUGAGAAAACAGCAUUCCUUCCAGUGUAGCAGAUGUUUGUAUCAUAUUGGUGUGUAUGUAUAUACUGUAUGUCAUUUUUGUUUCUUUCUUCUUUUUUUUUUUAUUUGAAAUCUGCCUCUUUCUGUCCUGAAAUCUCUAAAAUCUCCUGACUUGACGCUGUGUUACUGGUGUUGCUAGUUAUUAAACUGCCAUCA